GGAAGAAUGAGGCAGAUCACAUGAGCGAACACGGAACCGGACCAGCAGUGGUUACAGUCAGAUCAGUUUUUUCAGCAUUUUUGCCUCUGUUGUCUUAAGCGUACCAAGUAGCAUCGGUGAUCGUUUGAAAAUAAUUUCCCAUAAUGGACAACUACGGGAAAUCUUCUCUGGCUCAACCGACUCCAAUGGCUCCAGACUUCAGAGGAAAUGAAAGCUCCUUAGUAUCUGCGCUGAAGACGCUGCUGUUUUUUACCAUCCUAAUGGUCACAGUACCAAUUGGGCUAUACUUUGCAUCAAAAGCAUAUAUAUUUGAAGGCUCAAUGCAGAUGUCUAGUUCAGACAGCUACUUCUAUGCAGCCAUCGUGGCCGUGCUUGCCGUGCACGUGGUGCUUGCUCUGUUUGUCUACGUGGCCUGGAAUGAGGGAUCUCCACCAAAGAGGAAGGAGGGCAAGCAUGACUAAGGAAGAGACUUGGUGGCCUCUCACACUCACCCAGGGAGACAUGAGAGAGAGAGAGAGAGAGAGACACAGAGACACACAGACACAGGAUAUUCCUUGCAGCCCCUUCUCACCCUGACCUCAAACCUAUCACGGGUGGAAAGGGAAAGGGGGAGAGAGAGAGAGAAGAUUCUCAGUCAGGUCUCCAUCAGCAGAGUGUGGUGGCCUUGCUGGCAUUUCACAGGGAUUUAAGAGUUGGAAGUGUAGGGGAUUUUAUUUGCUGGGGAUACACAAACUGUGUGUUUGUUUGUGUGUGUUGUGUCAACAAGGUCUCAGCCUCAACCCUAUUUUUUCCUACCCAGCAUGUCUGUCUGUGUGUCUGUCUGUGUGUCUGUCUGAAUGUCUGUCUGUGUGUCUGUCUGAAUGUCUGUCUGUGUGUUUACUGUACAAAUCCCAAGGCCUCUUCCAUUCUUACCCAAUUGUGUGUGUGUGCACAUGUGUGCGCGUGUGCAAGCACACAUAGGCACAUGUGUAGACCAGAGCCCGAGCUUUAAGGGAUUCAGAUGAUUACUGCUCCUAAACGUGCCCAUCUGGUACAGUACUGGGUCAUCGUUUCGCUGGCUUCCAGCCUGAGCAUGAACUCAGUCUGUCCUCUGUCAUCACACCAGAUCUGUUUGCGCAAACCUUUUGGUCUGCAGCACAGGGGCAGAGGAGGCUUCAGUUCCACAUUUGUUUAUUUAUUUAUUUGCAACCUCUUGUUUACCAUUUGCUGUUUGUCUUUUCUUUCCUUGUUCUUCAUUUGUUCUUUCCUUGUUUCUUUGUUUGUUUGUUACUGGAACGGAAGUGCCCGGGGGCUGCAAACAUUGUUCUCAAUUGUGUGUGUGUGUGUGUGUGUGUGUGAGUGUGUGUCUGUUGUGAUAUUUUUUCAUCUGUUUUUCAUUAGCCUGCCAUUGUUUCCCAGCACACCACAAUGUUCUGAAGAUAGCCUAAAUAGAGUUGACUGAAGUCUAGUAGUUGUGUUCUAGCUGUACUGUGCUGUUAUAUUUUUGUAUGUAUGUGUAGGUGUAGAUAUUGACGAUGAAUGUGUCAAGACCAAUGACCAUAAAAGAAAAUGUAAAGCAUUAAAUUAAAAUGUGAAUUUACACAA